CCUGCACCAUGGAGUGUGGGACGAUUUCACAGCUAUCAUCUCACUUUGAAACCCGGUUUGAGGUUUUAAAGACUGCUUUUAAACUAAAUGUAUGUGCUGGAAAGUAUGGAGAAGAAUUGGAUGAAAUGAAGACAAACCUGCAAGAAAUAAAAAAGAUCCUCAGGGAGCUUCAGAACACAGUGGAUGGAGAGAAGCAAGAUUUGCAACAUGCCAAGGAGGCGCUGGCGUCACUGCAGAGGGAGCGUGGCCGCGUGGAGCACCUGCUGGCUCACGUGCCGGACCGGCUGCCAUCCAGCGUGCCGCCUCCGGCCCCCCAGCCGCCGACUGACAGGCCAGCCGGCGAGCUUCGGCCGGCGGCCGCCGCUCGCGUGUCGGCGCCACCGUCGGUCGCCUGCCUGACGGUGUCCGAGUUCGCGGCCGUGCCGCAGUACAUGCGCGGCCGCGGCAGUCGCGACCAGGCCAACCGGCUGCUGGACGAGGUCAACGCCGUGUUGGCGGCGCGGUACGCCCUGUUGCGACGGCCGCGCGCCUCGCUCCAGCCCAAGGAGAAGAAGCUCUGGCUCGAGUGCAAGCGCGAGGAGACGGCCGAGACCAAAGGAAAGCAGUUCUUCACGGAGGACGACUUCAAGCGCUUCAACAAGACGAGCCUGAGCAAGGGCACACGCCAGCUGCUGGUGGUGCUGCGCCAUGUGGGCCGCAUCAAGACGGUGCGCGGCGCCGGCACACUGGUGCGUCACGUACUCUGCUGAGGUCGGAGAGCGGGCGGGGUUCACCGCUCGCCCCGGCCGGCCGUGCCCGGCGCGAAGUGCGCGCGCGAGGUCGAUGUUGGCAGAGUCGUCGGCGCUGGGGAGGUCGCGCCCGUGUGGGCUCCCGGGGCGGGUGAGAGGGCCGAUGUGGCGGUGAUGUGUGCGCCUGACGGCUGGCGAUUUCUGGCGCGACCGCGCCGCCUCGUCUUCUGUCGCUGCAUCGGAUGAUCGUACUGCAGUCUCGCCAAUACAAGGUCUCGCUCUCGGGAUGA